AUGGCUGCCCUCCUCUCUGUGGCAGAUAUGGCCGUCGCACAGCAGAGCCCAUUCUCUAUUUCCUCAACCAGCGACAUUAAGAAAACAGCAAGCACUGUCGCGUGGGAUAUGCUGCAGUACUACCACGGAAACGAAUCUGGCCAGACUCCAGGUAUUCUCCCUGGACCACCUCCUGCUGGUGAUUACUACUGGUGGGAAGGCGGUGCCAUGUGGGGGACACUGAUCGAUUACUGGUAUUUGACCAACGACACCACUUAUAACGACCUCGUCAUGCAGGCCAUUCAGUGGCAGACGGGCCCCAACGACGACUUCCAGCCCCCUAACGUCACUCUCUCGCUGGGUAACGACGACCAAGGUUUCUGGGGCAUGACGGCCAUGCUGGCGGCCGAGGAAAAGUUCCCAGACCCUCCCGCUGAUAGACCCGGUUGGCUGGCCCUGGCCCAGGGAGUCUUCAACACCCAGGCCAGUCCCGAUCGCCACGACGGCACCUGCGGCGGCGGUAUUCGUUGGCAGAUCCCGCCGACCAACCCCGGAUACAGCUACAAGAACAGUAUUGCCAAUGGUUGUUUCUUCAAUUUGGGAGCGCGACUGGCCCGCUACACUGGCAACAAGACGUAUUCCGACUGGGCUGACAACACGUGGGACUGGAUGGCCAAGAUUGGCUUCUUGGACAAUGAUACCUAUGCCAUUUACGACGGCGCAGACGUAUCAAACAACUGCACUGAAAUCAACAAGGCCGAGUUCUCGUACAAUAGCGCGGUUUGGGUUCUUGGCACAGCAUACAUGUACAACCACACCGAAAGCGACGUAUGGAAGACGAGACUGGAGAAGCUGGUCGACCACGGCCUCGAGACCUUUUUCCCCAAGGGCAUCGCCUACGAGCCGUCGUGCGAGAGCGUCAACACUUGCAGCACCGACAUGGUGUCCUUCAAGGGCUACAUCCACCGAUGGUAUGCCACCACGACACAGCUGGCCCCCUUCUUGGCUCCCAAAAUUCUGCCUGUGCUCAAGACAUCGGCGCAGGCGGCCAUCAAGCAAUGUACCGGCGGUGCCCUGGGGCGCCAGUGCGGACUUAAAUGGAACACGGGUCAAUACGAUGGUCGAACCGGAGCAGGUCAAGAAAUGAACGUUGUGGGCGCCGUGUCAUCGCUUCUCAUUGGUACGGCCCACGUCCCCGUCACCAACGACACGGGUGGUACGUCCAAGGGAAAUCCCAACGCCGGCAGCAACCCGAACAGUUUCCUGAGGCCGGUGGCGCCCGUGACAGCGGGCGACAAGGCCGGAGCGGGCAUCGUCACAGUCAUCAUCAUCGGGUCUCUAUGUACGGGACUCGCCUGGAUGAGUCUCGGCCCUUGA